CCGCCUUUGCUCCUGCUCGCCCCAUAAAUCACGCCGCCCCGCCCAAGACCCACCCAAAAGACUCGUCCAGCUCCCGACUUUCCAAGAUGGCCAUCGCCGAGACGGCAGCGGUGGUGGCGACGACGACGUCGGAGACGGCGCCCAUGUCCCCGGCCUCGGCGAAGGCCGGGGCGGCGGCGAUCGCUCCGGCCACGCGGCGCGGGUGGCUGCGCCGGCUCGUGCCGAGGGAGUACCUGCCCCGGAGCCGCCGGUGGAAGACUCGCGGCGCCAGUCCCGGUGGUGCUGCGGAGGCCGCGAAUGGGGGCGGGGCAGCGGGGCCGUCGUCGUACCGGAGGCUGGCGUCGUCGCUGUCGCGGUCGUUCCGGUGGAAGCGCAUGCCGGCGCUCCCGUCCCUCAGCCUGCGCGCCGGCUCGGCGUCGGCGGCGCUGGACGAGGUGGCCUUCCGCGUCAUGUACGUCGUGGAGGCCGUCGUGCUCGGCCUCGCGCUCUCCUGCUUCUUCCUCUGCUGCGGCUGCCACAUCUAGCCUGCCACCAGCCAUGUAUUCUCUGUUAGUACUACUGUUUGUUAGUUGCUCUCGGUUCUUUGGUUAGUAAUUUUUUCGUUUUGAUCGAUCGACUACUCUACUCUGCUGUAAAUUUUCCACCGUGAUGAAAAUCCAUGGAAAAAUUCCCAAUCUGCUCAA